CUUUUUUCAUCACUGUCAUGUCAGCGACAUCUGUACACAAUGAUAUAUCACACUCCCAUUUAACCUCUUACACUUGACCCACAUUUGCCCAAUGUCCAUUCGAGCAUGCGUGGGCAUUCACAAUAUUUGGUAUAUGAUGUCGGAGUCCGUGAAAGUGGCCGUGAGAUGUCGGCCGAUGAACGCUCGGGAAUUGCAACAGGGAUGCAGGGUACGUCAGCAAUGGCGAAGGACAAUGAACGAGAGCCACUCGCAUGAUCUUGCACGCGAGCACACAGCACUUCCGCUUGUUUCUUCUUUUGUUUAUCCACCUGAAUGCACGGAAAACUCGUCAUAUCGAGCGCGUUGUAGCCUAGCGACCAUAUCAAAACAUUCCACUGGCAUGCAUCGACGUUGCAAUUUUCCUGCAAGAUGAUUCUUCGUGUACAGAUAUUUAGAUGUUUGAAUUGUGAUGUUGGCACAAAAAUGCGUAAUAGAAUUAUGAUUCAUAGAAGCGGAGAGAGUGACGCGGACAAUGUGGGGCAGUUGUAUAAAAGUACAGAGAUUGAGUGGUACUUUUGAGAUGUACUAUUUGGAGGAGAAUAUAUUAGUGACAUUGUAGUAAAUUAUGUUGCUAAUAACUUAUAAUACUAUAUAUUACUAAUAUAUAUUGUAAUAUAUAAUGCUAUUAAUAAAUGAUAUCAAUGAAUAAUAUUAGUAAUUAUUAAUAAUAUUGAUAUUGGAUAAAUAUGUAUGUAUAUAGAGAUAGGAUGUAUGAUUAGGUUUGAGGAGUUGAAAAGGAUUUGUAUUGUUGAAGUGAAUUGGGGAUUAGAAAAUUUGAGAAAUUGAAAGAGUAGAAAUUUUAAGAUUUCAGGGUUUGGGAAGUUAGAAAUUUAAAG